AGAACACUGAAAAUAAGAGUUUUAAUUCCCGAAGAAAAGACCUUAAUUAAUUUUGCUUUAUGUUGCACCCUACCAUGAAGUUUUCCAGUAUGAACGGGCCAAGUGAAUCUGAGGUAGAAAGUUUACUUAUGAGUCCUUGCUGGGGUCCAACACAGAGUAGCAGCCAAGAUCAAUAUUUACUUGAUGGUCAUAAAUUAUUGCUAGAACAUGACCUUGACUCCCUGCCAAGCGAUUCCGAACAAAAGAAUUCAUUAGAUGUGCUCGACAAUCUUUUACUGAAUUCAACUUCGUUAAAUGCAUUAUCAGAUUUAAAACCUCUGCCACCAUUUACGGGCUAUACAGGUCACCUAUCAAUAAAUGGUAUAUCAGGACACCAUUAUCAUGCAAUCGCUCAGAGGCUACCCGAUGAAAGUAAUAAUAAUUACAUACAAAGUGCUUAUCAAAGUGGCUCUUCAAAUACAGCGACUAGUGGGACCACAAUACAACUGACUGCAACCUCGUGUGGCACGUCGCCAGUGCCCAAUGGCAGUGGCAACAGUCAUGGUUCAUCAGCGGAUCAUAAUAUUGUUUCAUCGUCAACUUGCCUGCCCGAAAGUGUGCUGAGCACCGAUGCAGAUGCCUGUCUAAACGAUGUAAAACUCUUCGGCGAUAGUCAAUUAGAUGGUAAGCUUUACUCAGUGGCUGAUAGUUGUGUUAUGUCAGGUGGUGUCAAUGCUGGCAUUGAUCAUGGACCCGACUCAAUACAUGGUGGAGUGCGCAUUUAUACAGAUGCAAAGGACUUAAGCGAGUAUGUUGAUAUGAAUUCUAUAGAUGAUAUAGCAGCAAUUAUUGGGUCUGCAAUAGCUGAUACCACAGUACCAAAUCAGCUCGAUAAAGAAGAUGGAAACGAUACUCGAGAUUCGUGGAUGGAUUUAGAUGCAUGGAUUGACGGUAACUGUAUACAACAAGACGGCAAAUUGGUCGUUUCACAGCAGGACCCACUAAGUGAUUUCAUUUUACCACACUCACCCGUACACACAAGUAGUUCUACAUUACAAAGUCUAUUAACGCAUGGUUAUAUGCCACUGCUACAAAAUCGCCUACAAAAUGGUCCACCAACAACGUCAUCUAUAAAAAGCGAAACGCCGAGUUCUACCUCAUACUGCAACGAACUUCACACCGCCUCGUCUACAUCCAGCCCACCUGGUUCAGUUGUAUCAACUACCGAUAAUUUAAUGAUCAAUCCACGCUAUCUUACAAAUCCACAGCAAUAUCAAGUCAGUAUGUCCACAAUGAAAUCAGAUGGUAUUUGUAGCCCUGAUAUGUUGGGCAACUAUCCACAUACCACAACUGUUACGCCCACCAGUACACCCAAAGCCAAACGAUCACGUUCACAGAAAAAAACAAAUCAACAACAACAACAACAGCAAACACCAAAUGGUCAACAAACAAACGGCAAUGCAGGACCACAACAAAUGAACGCAAUAUCACCAUCAUCUGUUAGCUUUAAUGCCAAUGAUUUAAGUGGAUUAUUAGGUAAGGAAAAACCAGUGCAUCGAUGUAGUAUAUGCAAUCGAGGUUUUCUAAAUAAAAGUAAUAUCAAGGUACAUUUAAGAACACAUACGGGCGAGAAACCAUUUCGUUGCGACGUCUGCGCUAAGGCGUUUCGACAAAAAGCACAUUUACUCAAACAUCAACAGAUACAUAAGAGAAUUGGGCGUGACUGA